GAAGUUGGGUACCCAGUGUUGGGUUUCUAGUGGUGUUGUGUAAAUUACCUUGUCUAGGACCUGAAUCGAAUGUGAUGUUUAAAUAACAGUUAAACAACUGGUACUGCCCUGACAAAACUCAAUUAAAGUGUGAAAUUCAUUUAUAUUUGUUUAAAGUGCUUUAAGGUCCUCAUAGGGUUUUUUUUAAUGGGAUGAGACAAUGGUAAUUUGUCAAGCAUAAAAAUAAUACGUAGUUCUACAACUGAUUUAUUUUUGCUAUAUAUUUGAUAUUUUGAUUGAUCAUCCCGACCACAGAUAUAUAAUUGUAGGAUGUUCCAAUAGAUUAUAAUAAUCAAAUCAUUCUGUUACAUUUUUUUAUACUUAUCUAAAGAUAAUUACAUACAAUUGUUGGCAGAGCCUAUAUUUUGAAGCAUAACUAAAAGUACUGCACAUUUCGUGACUGAUUUUGAUCACAUAAAUAUCCUUCAAUUAAGAAAAAUGUUCUCCUCAGUCAGUCAAGUUGAGUAAAUAUCCAGUGUCACGGUCAACAUUGAGAAAAAAUAUAUAUUCUGGGGAAAAGUAAUAAAAAUCAACCAGUUUUCUGUUUUGUGGUCUUUUUAUGGCUUUGGUUAUUUAUUAUCCACAAAGUAAAAAUGAUGUGUGUUCUUGUGAGGCUGGCAGCUGGCUUUCUUCCAGACAGGAGCAGAUUGCUGUUUGGGAGACAAAUCCAGUGUAACUCCUGUAAGCUGCUACAUUUACCAGCAUCAGCAGUUCAGCAAUCCGUGGAUAUAAUAGAAUUUCUCUGUUACUGGGAACUCCGUCAACAUAUAAAUAAAUCCAGGCUGGCUCUGAUAUUAUUAUAAUAGCCACCAGGGGCUUUCUGCAGGAAGUACUGUGGGAUCGGUUGAAAGCUGCUUCUUUGCUGGCUGUGUAAAUUAUCAAAUGUGUACAGUGACAGGCUGAACCAUACAUUUACAAUGAACUUUAAUAGACUUAUUUCUUAGGAGGAGUGCGAGAUACCACUUUGACAGGGAGAAAAGUUGAGAGCAGUAUGAACUGGAGACAGUUUGAUCUAGUCAGAGAUAUCUGUUUUUAAUCAAAUUAUGGUUAUUAAAAUUAACCAUUUGCCUGUUUAAAUGGCUAUUAUUGUUUUUACUUGAUUUUAAAAAAUCACAAAAAUUUUAGAGAGUAAGUAGCUUGAAAUUGAUUUUUUGAAAUUGAUUCUUAACAUUUCAUGAUGUUGCAGUGAUUCUAAGAUUGCUUAGCGGUGUUGGGCUGACAAUGAGAGAAUGGCCACAGCUGAAUUGAGUGAAGCACACAAGUGAAUACUAGCCUGUGCUCUUAACUUUUUGUGCUGUUUGCAGGCUGAGUGGUUCUUCUUACAAUGCCUCAAAUACUGUCUGUGUUCAGGAGUUUUUAACAGAGCUCAGGAGUUGCUCUUCUUGAGGUAUGUAAUACAGGCUGGAUCAGACAUAAUGUGUUUGUUGGAGGAAGAGCGAGCACCUUCUAGUGAUCUCAGAAUUAGGAUUUCUCUCCUGCAGUUAAUCCCCGUCAUUAUCUCCUGUCAGUUUAAACCACUUGCUUUGGUAUGAGGCAGGACUUCCAAUGUAAACAAAGCUAGGCUGUAUUAUGGUUAUUAUUUCUUAGCAGACGCCUUUACCCAGGGCGACUUACAGUUGUAUACAAAAAAUACAUAUUAAGAAUUACAGUACAAAUAAGAGCAAGAUACAAAAUACAAUGACUUCAGUCCUAAUAAGAGCAAAUACAAAACACAGUACGAUUUGAUAUCGGGGCAGUUCAAGAGCAGAUAACAGUGUUGAUAGUUACAUCAGGGUUAGACACGAGUGCAAGUGAAAUACAAGAUACUACAAAUUAGGUUAAGUGCAGGAUUAAAUACAGUAAAAUAGGGAGCAGAUAAGAGCAAGUUAAAGUGCAUUAAAAGCAGAGUGCUAUAUUGUUCAGAGUUGAGUUUUCCAGGUGUUGUCUGAAGAGGUGUGUCUUGAGGAGGUGCCGGAAGGUGGUCAGGGACUGGGCAGUCCUGACAUCCGUAGGAAGGUCGUUCCACCACUGCGGGGCGAGGGUGGAGAAGGAGCGGGCUCUGGAGGCAGGGGAGCGUAAAGGAGGAGACAUUUGAAAACAUACAGUAUGUCUGUUGAGAAGCGCCUUGCGUUUUCCAUUGUGCAGUUUCUACGAGAUCAAACACAGUCAGAGACUUUGAAUUCAGACGAACAGGAAAGCCUGGAAGUUGCCAUACAGUGUCUGGAGACAACGUUCAAGAUCAGCUCAGUGGACAGUCACCUAGCAGUUCCACAGCCUUUGACAGAAAUAUUCUUGAACUCUGUCUUCAAGAAUGAUAAUCUGUCUAUGCCAGAGAUUUCUCCUUCCCCAGAAGACGCAGAAAGGGCAGAGCAGCUGAAAAAUGCAGGAAACAAUCACAUGAAGGAAGAGAAUUACAGCUCAGCUGUGGAAUGUUACACAAAAGCAAUCAACCUGGACCUAAAGAACGCAGUGUAUUACUGCAACAGAGCUGCAGCUCACAGUAAACUAGGAAACUACACCGAAGCCACAAGUGACUGUGAGAAGGCUAUCGCAAUAGAUCCAACCUACAGCAAAGCAUAUGGAAGGAUGGGACUGGCCCUGACUGCUAUAAAUAAAUACACAGAAGCUGCAACUUAUUUUAAAAAGGCCCUGGUCCUGGAUCCUGAAAACGACACGUAUAAAUCCAACUUGAAAAUGGCAGAACAGAAGCUGAAAGAAGCCUCCAGUCCAACUGGAACUGGACUGGGAUUUGACAUGGCAAGCCUCAUAAAUAACCCUGCCUUCAUCACCAUGGCUGCAAGUGUAAUGCAAAACCGUCAAGUGCAACAGCUCAUGUCAGGAAUGAUGUCUAAUGCAGUGGGAGGCCCGGCGGCUGGUGUUGGGGGUUUAACAGACUUGUCCAGCCUUAUUGAAGCGGGACAGCAGUUUGCACAGCAGAUUCAGCAGCAGAACCCAGAACUAAUAGAACAGCUGAGGAACCACAUCCGCAGCAGGUCAUUCAGCGGCAGUGCAGAGGAACACUCCUGAUCUACUGCAGGAACACAGACAGAGACUGGAAAGCAACUGGGUUGUUAUCUGCUUAAUAUCAAAUUCUUGGAAGACAUCACAAUCAACAGUGAUGGAUCAAAUGGAAAAACUAAUGGAAGAAACAAUGUUAUUGUGAAGAGCAGUUAAGAACUCUGAUUGAAUUAAGAUUCCUCUUUACAAAAACGUUGCACACUUACUUUACACAACUCUACAUUUAACAGAGCAAACUAACAUUACCACCACAUUGCACUGGUACCAUAUUUAAAAACACCUUUUAUAUGUUUCAGCAAUGUAUUUAAGAUGUAUGCUGCUAUUUACAGGCUUGCAACCAUAGGCACCAUGUAUUAGCCCAGGUAGCAUUAUUUUUUCCAUGUUGGGAAAUGUAGUUCGAGAAAGAAGACAGCAGCAGAUGUCUUCAUAUAAUUUCCUAUAUUUUAGGAACUAUAAACUACAAAGUGUGUAUGUUACUGUAGUUGUUCACAGACAUGUUUGCUUACAGUGACUUUAUUUUGCAUGUUCCUUAUGACCAUUUGGAUGCAUUCAGGAACAUUUUGUAUACUUCUACAGAACAGAACAGGGUUUAAUGUCUUGUCACACUCCAGUGUUACACAAUUAAAGCCCGGUAACUACAAAAAAACUGACCUAAUGUGUUAUUCUUUUAAUCUGUGGGCUCUGUUCAGCUAUUUUCCAUGUAUUGCCAUUUCAAAGUCGAACAAUUUAGCUCCCUCAGUUACCAUCAAAAAGGCUUAAAUCUUAUGGGGGCUUUGAAAACUGACUAGUUCCUACACAAGUACAAUGUAUCUAGAGAGACAGUAGGAUACAUCUUGCUGCUACAGACAAUGCUGAGCACAAUUGCUACAGAAAUAUGAAUAUUGUCAUUGUGCUUUUUUAGUGGUUAUGUAUUUUCUCACUGCUAUAGUACAUAAACAGGAGGUCACUUAAAAUCCAUCUGA